UUCAUGGGCAACUCGAUGGCAGGGCGAGUCCACCCCGGAGCGCAGCGACACCCAACGAAUCUCAAGCCGACGGCAGAGUUCGUCGCGUGCGUGACACGCUGGUGGAAGCCGGCCGGGCAGAGCGAGGACGAGGCGGAGCCGGCCCACGCCCUUGUGGUUUUUCACGGCAGGUUGAUUGGGACGCUGAUGACGGCGUUGCUCGGGAGCCGGAAGGUGCGCGCGAGCAGGGGUGCCAUGCUCGUAGGCCGGUGCUUCAGCGUAUCGAUCCCGGUUUUCGAGCUGAACGGGUGGGAAAAGGGUGCAUUGGUGAGCGAUACGGGCACAACACAUCUCGAC